AUGUCCAGCAAACGACAUUCCAUCCUGCCAGCCAUAGAUCGAAGUGGUCCAAAGCCACCAGUCAACUUCUCGUCGUCCCUCACUAUAUCCGACAAUGCAAUUCUCCAAGGCACACAUUCCAUUACUAUGCAGUCUGAGACUGUAGUGCACCCUCGAGCUCGAUUCGAGUCGAAUAUCGGUAGCAUACUUAUCGGCAGGCGGUGCAUCAUUCACGAGCGAGCUCACAUUGGGGCACGUCCCGCCGACCUGGAUACUGCCAAACCGGGAGGUGUUGCACUCGGAGACUACGUUGUAGUUGAGGUUGGAACAGUCAUCGAGGCUGGUGAUACGGAAAUUGGCGAGGGGACCACCUUGCAAGUCGGAUGCAAAAUUGGCAGUGGCGCCAAGAUUGGACGGGGCUGCACAAUCACGCACAGGUCUAUCAUUGCUCCUGGUGAAGUCCUGCCAGAUCAUACCGUGGUUUACUCGGACGGCUUACGACGAUUGGAUAAUCGUGGGGUCACAGAUAUGCGGAAAUUGGGGCUAGUGAAGCAGAUUGCGGUUUUGAAGAAGAUGAUACCCAGCAACCCGGACAAAUUUAAGUGA